CCACAUUCUCUCUUUUCCGAUCAACGAUUCUCUCUUCUCCGAUCCACCAUUCAGGUGAAAUCUGAAAAUCCGAACAAGAAAACAGCAGAAUCCUGACUCUGAUCAUCAUUAUCUCACGUCGUUCUCCUUCUUCAAGCCAUCGGAAAUCGAUGACGCCAUCGGAAAUCGAUGACGCCAUCGAUUCUGUCGUCGAUCCUCUUUAGAGACUUUGCGAAGGACAGCAUUCGCCUCGUUAAGCAUUGUCACAAACCAGAUCGCAAAGAUUCCAGGAGAACCAAGUAUAUCUUACAUAUGGCUGACCUUUUUCUUGGACAUCCUAUGUUCCCUGGAGAGACCCGUGUUGAUCAAUUGGUGGAGAUCAUUAAGGUAAAAAAAACAUAUUGGCUCUUCUCUUCUCUUCUUUUUUCCUUCUGUUCGAAAUUCUCAGAGUUGUGUUCUGCUAUAUUUUUUGUGAAUUGGAUUUUGGGGACACCAGCAAGAGAAGAGAUAAAGACUCCUCUCGUUAUCAUAUAGAAAUCGC